AUGAAGUUGAUCGAGAUUAUAUCAAAAGAUGGACAAUGGGAGAUUAAUUAUCAAAUUCUCGGAGUUAGAAACUGGGUAUCGAAUUUUCGUCCUGCAAUUGUCAGAAGUUCCAAAGCUCAAGUAUGGAUUCGUUUUCCAGGUUUAGGACUUGAAUUCUGGAAAGAAAUUUUUUUAUUUGAGAUCUGUAAGAAAAUUGGGAAUCCAAUUAAGAUUGAUGUAGCUACUACAAAGUGUGAAAUUGGGUAUUAUGCUAAUGUAUUGGUUGAGGUGGACUUUGCUCAAUCAAUACCUAGCAAAAUUUGGAUUAACACAAAAUAUGGAGGCUUCUUCCAGGAGGUAUUGAUUCAUGAUUGUCCAAAGUUUUUCACCACCUUCAAAAUAGUUGGUCAUUUAAUCACUGAGUGUUAUGUGGAAAGAAACAAAAAUAAAACUCAUGCUCCUUCUUAUAGAGUAGUUUCACACAAAAACAAAUCAGAUGUUCCUUUUGAUAUUUGUGAUCCUGCUGCCAGAGGAGAAGACUCAGUAGUAAAUUCAAUUGAUACAACAACAAUUAUUAGUUCUUCAGUAGAAGUUGCAUCUCCUAAGACUGGUAGGUUUGAUUCUCUAGUAAAUGAGCAAGCUGAAGAAGAGUCAGUAAUUAUAGAAAUACCAAAUUUUUUAGAAGUAGCAGAACAAAAUUCAGUGCAAAAUAGCUUUAUUAAAUUUGUGAAUGGAAGUAAUGGAAAGGUGACAAAAGAAGCUAUUCCAGUUACAUCUUGGGCCAAAAUAGUAGAAAAAGAAAUGGUGAUUGAUAAUGCAUCAGGGAAGAAUAAUUCUGCAAGUACUUCUAAUUUCAAAACAUAUGAGCAGCUAAAGGUCAGUAUGGAAAGUAUGGUAAUUCACAAUUCUACUUCUUCAAAUUCAAAAGGAAACAUAUGGUUAUUCUGGAAUAAGAAUAUAUCAACUCCUCAAGUUAUUUCUAUGUCAAGUCAAAUGAUCAUUGUUAGUGGCGGGGAAGUCUUAGUUUCUGGAGUUCAUGCUCAUGUUGGAAUCAACCAAAGAAAAUUCAUGUGGUCUGAAAUGGAAAUAAUCAGUGAAUUGCAGAAGCCAUGGAUUGUCUUGGGUGAUUUUAAUGUGGUAACCUAUAUUGCAGAAAAAGUAGGUGGUAGAGCUCCAAAUAAAACUGCUUUAUUGGACUUCACAACUUGCUUGAAUAAUUAUGAACUUAUACAGGAUCCUAAGACAGGUUUGGAAUUUUCUUGGUCCAAUUUUCAACAUGGAAAAAAGAGAAUUUUAUGUAAUCUAGAUAGAGUGGUUUUUAAUCAGAAAUGGCUUCAAAGAUAUGGUGAUUGGGGAUAUAAAGUAGGCUUAAGAAUGGUUUCAGAUCAUGCUCCUUUGUUAGGGGUAUUUGGAAAUGUUAAUGUCAAGAUUCAAGAAGCUGAAGCUAAAGUUAGAAUUGCAAUGCAAAAUUCAGAUGAUGAACCUUUUAAUGAAGAAAUUCUACAAUCACUAGUGGAAGCUCAAAAUGAACUAUCAAGCAGAGAAGUCCAACACAAUACUUUAUUGAAGCAGAAGUCAAGAAUUAAGUGGGUCAAGGAAGGUUCAUCUAAUACAAGCUUCUUUCACACAAAUAUAAAGAUAAGGCAAUCCAUCAAUCAAAUAAGUGAAUUAGAAGAUGUAAAUGGCAAUAUCAUCACUGAUCAAGAAAAAAUCUCAUCUGAACUUGUUGAUUUCUUUGAGAAAAGAUUUCAAUUCAAAGAGGUACAAAUAGUGAAAAAACUACUUGAUGUCAUUCCUCAGUUAAUCACUGCUGAAGAUCAACAAAUGCUUGAUUCUACUCCCACAGCUGAAGAAAUAAAAGAAACAGUCUUUUCAAUAGACUCAGAUAGUUCUCCUGGUCCAGAUGGAUACUCUGGAGUAUUUUAUAAAACUUGCUGGGAAAUCAUUCAAAAUGAUCUUGUGGCAGCAAUUCAAUUUUGA